CCAUCCGCAGUUUAUAAACAAACAUUAAACGCACACACGCAGUAAUACACACGGAAAAACUAGUUAAACACCCCGUAGAAGCAGCAGCAGCAGCGCAAUCUAAUCGUUGCGAAUCGCCGUGUUCCGUGCUCCGCACCCACAUCCACCUCCGCACUCGCACCCCCCGCAAAAUGCUGAAGAUCGCCGCCGAGGGGCUGGCGCCACGUCUGGUGGCCUGUUGCUCCAUCGGAGCCACCAGUGCCCACAGUGGCUGCCACAGGGUGGCGCCCCAGGCGGCCAAGGCCACCCAGAAGUACCUGUCGCAGUCGCAGCACCUCCACAAGAAGCUGGUCAUCAAGGAUCACUACGAGUUCGAUCAGAAGGUGAUCAACAGCGACAACCCGGUGAUCGUGAACUUCCACGCCGAAUGGUGCGAUCCCUGCAAGAUACUCACGCCGAAGAUGCUCGAGCUGCUGGAGAACUCCAACGAGAUCGAUGUGGCGAUCAUCGAUGUGGAGACGAACCUGGAUCUCGUCGAGACGUUCGAGGUGAAGGCGGUGCCGGCGGUGCUGGCCUUCCGGAACGGCGUCGUGGUGGACAAGUUCAUCGGUUUGGUGGAUGCCAACAGCAUCGAGACGCUGAUCGACAAGCUGAAGCGGAAGCAGCAGCAGAAGCAGUAGUUGGAGUAGCAUAAUUGGAACUGGGAGGUCAUGAUUUUAAAACGGAAACGAUACGGGAGACUGCGAGGCAAAAACAAUGCAAUGCAAUCAUUGAUGCUGAAAGAGAGUGUGCACAAAAUACUUUAAUAUGCAAUAAAACUAAUCUUAACUAUGGCUAUUUUUAACUCA